UUUUUGAAUAGUUUUUACUCAUUUCCGAUUUAUAAUUAUAUCGGCCAUAUGUACAAAAAUCAUUUGUGAUCUACCAUACAAACAAAAAAAAAACAAAACAAUCAAUCAAUCAAUCAUUCACAAUUAAUCCAUUUAAUCCAUAAGAUCGAAUCGAAAAAAAUUGAGAGAAAAAAAAUGAGACAUUUUAAUGAAUUACUUUUGUAUGUGAUAUUGUUGAAAUUAUUAUGUCAAUUUGUCGAUUGUCUUUAUGAAGAUCAAAUUGGAAAAUUUGAUUGGCGACAACAGUUUGUUGGACGUGUCGAUCAUGUUCUUCGAGCUUCUGAUAUAUGGCAAGAUCAUCAAUUGUUAAUCACAUCAUCGCAUAGUGGUUCAUUAUCUGGUCUAUAUCUUCGAAAUGGUUCGAUAAAUUGGCGACAUUUAUUGGAAAGUUCAUCAAUAGAUUUUCUAUCAUCAUGGCCAAAAUCAGCAAAUUUUUCUUGUCCAGUAUUAUCGGUGAAUGGACGUGGCCGUUGGAUUCGUUGUUGGAAAACGUCCGGUGUUCUUUUAUCUGAACAUUUUUUACCUGAUGAUUUUGUUAAUGAAAUUGAAAAAGAUCCUAGUAAUUAUGACUCAUUAUUUGCAAUGAUUCGUCGUGGUGCUCAACAAAAACCGGCAUUAUUGAUAGCGAAAAUUUCCCGUACAAAUUAUCUAAUUGAAUUUUUUCAUUAUCAAUUUCAAUCAAAAGAAUUACAAUCGAUAGCCCGAUUAAUGGCCGGUAAAUGGUUGGAUAAUAGUGAAUGUCAUAUGAUCAAUGCCGAUUAUAUGAUUUGUGUGGAUCAAAAAAAUCGUGAAUUUCAAUUUAUUGAUCUCAAUGAUGAUAAAUCAUCAACAAGGCAAUUUAAACGCAUUCCGUUGUCCACAUUUGGUUUGACAGCAAACCUUGAGAAAAACAAUGAUAACAAGAUUAGCAUACAAUUAUUACCCGAUUUAUUUGGUGAUAAAACGACAACAAUAUCGAAAUCUAAUCAUCUAAUUUCUAAAUAUUUUGCCCUAAAUCUGGGCAAUGGGCAAGGUAUUGUGAUGUUUAAAAUUGUACCCGAGCUUCAAGAUAAUAAUGGUGGUGCUAGUGGUGGUGCCUCAAUACGUUUGGUGAAAAUAUUUCCAUAUGCCAUACGUGUUACAAUCAUUCCGUUGAUCUCAUCAUCACAAGAACCAUCAAUUAACAUUACAUCCAGCCGUAAUAGCGAGACGGAUAACUUGGAAUUUGGAGUGGCUGUUUUAUUUACAAAAUCGGAUGCAAUACCAUAUGAAGAUCAACGUGAUGCUCAAAAUCAGCAAAAAGUUUUUGCCAUUAAAUUGGCCAUAUUUCAUCUGGAAUCUUGGGCUGAAGUUACAUCGAUUUCAUCGAAAUCAAUAUUAUUUGAAUUUGGUGGAAAAAAUUCACUUUCACCAAUUGCAUCGAAUGGUAAACUAGUCAAACGUUUAGAUCAACAAUGGCAAAUUGAUCGAUUCGAAAUUAUUCCAAUUCGAACAAUGAUACAGAAUAGCCGUUCUGGACGUGAUCAAUUUCGUUAUACAUAUAAAAUGUUAAUAACAACUGUCGAUGGAACAUUGAUUGUAACAAAUCUGAUGGGUAAAAUCAAUUGGGCACGUGAAGAAGCAUUGGCCGAAAUAAAUAGUCUUGUAAUACUUGAUCUACCACUAUCUGAAGAUGAUGCAACAUUGGAACAAGAAUAUGGAUUUGAUGAACGUAAUACAAAUAUUAUAUCAAUGUUUGUACAUCGUAUUAAAUCACAAUUAUUACAAUUAAUGUCAUUCAUACGGCAAACUCAACAUAGUUUAAUGCAUAGUAUGACAAUAUUGAAACGUUCUCAACAUCGUAAUCAACAACAAUUGGAUGAUGAAAAUUCACAUUAUUCUAAUAUUGAUCAAGAUGAUUCUCAAUCGACAAAUCAAUUUGAUGAUGAUGAUGACGAAGAAGAAGAAGUAUUGAUUCGUGAUUAUUUUGGUUUCCAUAAAGUGAUUAUUACACGAACAAAAUCGGGAAAAAUAUUUGCCUUGGAUACAAUAACUGGCCGUGUUAUAUGGUCACGACAUGAACCUUGGUUAGCUGUACAAAAUAAUGAUGUACAAUUUCCAAUAUGGAUACAACGAACCAAUGCUCAUUAUCCACAUUCAGCUGUUUGUACCAUAUUGAAUGAUUAUGAUGAUCAUCGUACAUUUCUUUAUUCAUUUGAUCCGGUCACUGGAACCAUACUGGAUUCACAUUGGUUACCAUAUCGUACUAUACAAGCAAUGUUAAUACAAACAGUGCAUGAUGAAGAAUUUCAGCGACCAUUAUUAUUAUUUGAUUCUGAAUAUAAUGCACAUUUAUAUCCAGAAACAAUAAUGACAAAGAAAUUAUUUGCAAAUGUAGCUGCAAAUCAUUUUAUGAUGAUGGUGAAUAAAACCGAUGCAUUAUUGACUGGUUAUAGUUUCGGUGCUACCACUGAUGAUGAUGGUCCCAAAGCAAAUCCAAUAUGGAGUUUUCGACUUCCACAUGAAAUUAAUAAAUUAAUAUCGAUUAAAUCAUUAUUUAAACGGCCACAUGAAAAUGUUCAUUCACAAGGCCGUGUACUUGGUGAUCGUAAUGUUCUUUAUAAAUAUUUGAAUCCAAAUCUUGUGGCCAUAUUGGUCGAAUCAUUGGAUACACAGGAAAAAUCACUUAUAACAAUGUAUUUAAUUGAUUCAAUUACCGGCAAUAUUAUCUAUUCAAUUGUACAUCGACGUACACGUUGCCCUUGUCAGGUGGUUCAUUCGGAAAAUUCAAUCAUUUAUUCAUAUUAUAAUGAUAAAAUGCGUCGUAAUGAAAUAUCAUCCAUUGAAUUAUAUGAAGGUUUUAAUCAAGUAAAUUCGACGGCAUUUUCAUCGAUUGGUCGCGAUUUAUGGGCCAUACCAAGUGUUGAACAAAAAUCGUUCAUCUUUCCUACCGGUAUUGGUAUAAUGACCGAUACAGAAACAAUGAAAGGAAUCACUAGUAAACAUAUCUUAGUUUCAUUACCAACUGGUGGAAUAUUGGAAUUACCACGUGCCUUUUUGGAUCCACGUCGGCCUAUAAAACCAACACAAGAACAUGCCGAAGAAGGUCUUAUUCCAUAUGUACCUGAAUUGCCUAUACCUUCGGAAACAAUUAUCAAUUAUAAUCAAACAGUUUUUGCUAUACGUGGUAUUGUAACUGCACCAGCUAGUCUGGAAUCAACAUCGCAUAUCUGUGUCUAUGGUAUCGAUAUUUAUUAUACUCGUGUAACACCAUCAAAAACAUUUGAUAUUCUUAAAGAUGAUUUUGAUCAUUUACUUAUUAUGGCCGUUUUAUUAUUAUUAAUCAUAAUGUCUUAUUUGGUUAAAUAUUUGGCUGCAAAAAAAUCAUUGAAUGCUGCUUGGAAAUGAACCAUAUAUAUAUUCUGACUAUUCACAAUUAUAAUAGUCUAGUCAUCAAUCACUUGAAAUCUAGAAAAUUUAAUUCAAAACUUCAAAAAAAAAACAUGUCCCAGUAGAAAAUCAUUCUAUUCAUCUUUUUCAUUUUCAGCCAUUUUUUUUAUACUGUCAAAUUCAAAAACAAAAAAAAAAAACAUAAACUAUUUGUAUAUGUAUAAAUUACAUUUUUGGUACACAACACACACACACACACACACACACACACAGAUUAUUAAUCAGAUAUGUAACAAGUGGAUAUAAAAAUUAAAAAAAAAAUAAAAAUAAAAAAAAAUUACAACAUGUA